CUAAAUCUUCUCCAAACCAUCUUUCAGCCGCCUUUUUUGAGAACAUUAUGUCGACCUAACCUACUUGACCUGCACGAACAAUGGACUCAAAACGCUCCACAAAGACGAAACACCAUGAAGGGCACCCCUCUCCAUCCACUGGGGAUGCAGAUUGGACUAUUUCAGUUUUGAUCCACGCCGCUCUGGCCUUUGCCUAUGUGGGAACCGAUCAGGGCCCAUGGAGUUUCGCCUUUUACGCCCUACUGCUGGGUCUGAUGAGCCACAUCAAAAACGGGCUCUGGUGCGGAUUCUCGAUGGCAGCAUCAGUCUACAUGUUAUCUCAAUUGCGCCCCGUUGACGAUACCUACUACCACUACUACCUGCCGAUUCCUCUUUUCGCCUUGGGGACGUUUGGGUGGACGUGGGUCUCUUUGGUGGCUGUGGUGGUGGGUAUAGUGGUGUUCUACACUGCCAACGUCGCAGCCAUUUAUGCCCUCGUUUUCUUCGCCUACGGGUAUCUCCUGUCGGGAUACCGUCUAGCGUGUGCCUUCGCCGCAUUGUUCUGGACCUACUGGCUUGGUGGCUGGACGCCGACGACCCUCGUGGCCGUGGCCAUUCUCUACGCCUACCUGGCCGGUGAUUAUUUGUCGCGGGCCGAUAGCGUCGCGGCCCUUCGCCUCGAACGAAAAGAUGAGCAAGAUCAGGCACGAGCUGAACUGGAAGACUUGGACCCAGGCAAUCAGCUCACUCGGGAGUUUGCGGCUCGGAGAGAGGAUGGGGAAUGUAGCAUCCGCCAGGCGAGGAAGGACGCCGCCGAGGGAAACGUUCUUCUCGCGGGUUUCUACAACAAGCGCGUCUUUGACUGUGAAUACAGGGCGUUGAGCGACAGUGAUGAUGACUACUGGAAAAUGGUGAAGGAAGUCGUGUGUGUCAAGAACAAGCAAUAAGGCACGGGGGGUGGGGGAGUUGUAUUGUGUAAUAUCUUGUAGAGGCCAUAAGCCAUAAUAUGAGAGACUGGUCGCUGUUUUGGAGAUGUUGCUCAUUUCGGAGUCAUGAUAUGUUCAUUGGGCAUUAUAUAUCUACUGACUGGCUUCACCAACUCGACAUGUGCAAAAACACCACCCAACUCCUGAAACCCCAACCAAACUAAACGAUCAUAUAUCAUCCCAAUCCUCA